CAGUCGUCUUAAGAGAACAUAUACGCACAUCUACCAUUCUCUGUGUGCCCGUCUCUCUCACUCCAUCUCUCCUCCCUUCUCUGACUUCUUGACGGACCCACUGCUGCUCCCUGCCUACCUGACCUGCCUGCCUGCCUGACCAGGCUGAGGAUAACCCUGAGCAUCGUCAGGAAUAGGAGUUUGUCUAAAGAAGGAACAUCUACACUGGUGAAGGAUGCAGCGGAUCCGGGAGGGCAUCCACAUAAGGACCAUGAAGGCCAAAAGGAAAGUGGAGGAUAUCUCUAAAGAAGAUGUCCAGGCAUUCUUCAAGAAGCACGCCUUCGUGCUCUUUACUGUAGCUGCCGUCAUUGUAGGUAUAAUCCUAGGCUUUGCACUGCGUCCCUAUAAAAUGACCUACCGAGAGGUGAAGUACUUCUCUUUCCCCGGAGAGCUGCUGAUGAGGAUGCUACAGAUGCUGGUGCUUCCCCUGCUAGUAUCCAGUCUAAUCACAGGCAUGGCAGCACUGGACAGCAAGGCUUCAGGAAAGAUGGGCAUGCGAGCUGUGGUGUAUUACAUGACCACCACCAUUAUCGCUGUCAUCAUCGGCAUUAUCGUGGUGCUCAUCAUCCACCCUGGGAAAGGAUCUAAGGAUGAGUUCAUGAAACAGUCGAAGAUAGAGGACAUCAGCCCUGCCGACGCCUUCCUGGAUCUGAUCAGAAACAUGUUUCCACCAAACAUGGUCCAGGCCUGCACACAGCAGUUCAAAACCAAAUACGGGAAGCGAAUUGUCCAUGUAACGGUGACGGUGAAUGACUCGGUCUUCAACCUGACCAACCUGACUGAGCAGAUUACCCGGGAGGAGGUGAUCCCUAUCCCAGGCACGGUGAACGGGGUCAAUGCCCUGGGGCUGGUGGUCUUCUCCAUGUGCUUUGGCCUCAUCAUCGGCAACAUGAAGGAGCAGGGCCAGCCCCUCAGGGAUUUCUUCGACAGCCUCAAUGAGGCUAUCAUGAGACUGGUGGCAAUUAUCAUGUGGUAUGCACCAAUCGGCAUCAUGUUCCUCAUAUCGGGGAAGAUCGUGGAGAUGGAUGACAUCACUGAGAUGGGUGGUCAGCUGGCCAUGUACACCAUCACAGUGAUCAUAGGCCUGUCCAUCCACGCUUUCAUCAUCCUCCCCGGCCUGUACUUCGCCAUCACACGGCUGAACCCCUUCAUCUUCAUCAUGGGGCUGGUGGAGGCCCUCAUCACAGCCCUGGGAACCUCCUCCAGCUCAGCAACCCUUCCCAUCACCUUCAAGUGUCUGGAGGUAAACAACAAGGUGGAUAAGCGCAUCACGCGGUUUGUGUUGCCGGUCGGCGCAACCAUUAACAUGGAUGGAACAGCACUUUACGAGGCUCUGGCAGCUAUCUUCAUAGCUCAAGUUAACAACAUGGACAUGAACUUAGGUCAGAUCAUUACAAUCAGCAUCACAGCCACUGCAGCAAGUAUUGGAGCUGCUGGGAUACCACAGGCUGGACUUGUCACCAUGGUGAUUGUGUUGACCUCUGUUGGACUUCCCACUGAUGACAUCACCCUCAUCAUUGCAGUUGAUUGGUUCCUUGAUCGGCUGCGUACCACAACCAACGUCUUGGGUGACUCCAUUGGGGCUGGCAUUGUGGAAUUCCUAUCUCGACAGGAGCUGCAGGCCAAGGAUGUGGAGAUGGGGAACAUUGUGCUAGAGGAGAGGAAGAAACCAUACCAGCUCAUCUCUCAGGAAAACGACCACGAAAAUGCCAAACGUCCGAAAACUGAAAGCAAGAUGUAGAUCAACGCUCAAUAGUGCACACAAGCACACGCAAGCACACACACUGAAUGUUUUGGUUCAUUUUUGUUUUCAAUCUGUCAUAUUUGUCCAGUUAUUUUCACUCUACCAUAUUUCCUUUCCUUUGUUAUUUUGUUAUUCAUAAAGUAACUAUUCUAUUUACUAUCCAACUUUUUAAAAUAUGUUUCUUUCUCUGAAGUUGCCCAAUCAAAUUACUUACAUCUGCCGCCUCUCUACGAGAUAGAUAGGCCACCUGUUUUAUGGUUUGUCUGGUUAUUUUUGUGUUGAGUUAAGUCAUGGCCUAGAAUAUGUAUAUGGUAUAAUGGUAUAAGUAAUGAGGAAAGUGAUAUGGGGUGUUGAUGUCCAAAAGGAAUUUUGUAAAAUUAUGAAAGGACAACCUAUGUUUGAAUGACUUCAUCCUCCAAAAAAAGCAAAAGAGAACACAUUUGUAUAUAACUACCUUAAUUUUGGUGGACCCCAGGAAGAGAAGCUGCUGCCUUGGCAGCAGCUAAUGGGGAUCCAUAAUAAAUACAAUUACAUUUUAUUUGCUACAACUAAUGAAAUUAGGCCCUAUGAGCUGUUUCUGGUGAAAAACAACCAACUUCCUAUCAUAAGCAGUAAUUUAAAUAACAAUCCCCAAGUGGUGUGUAUUUUUUUUUUUUUUUGAUUUGAUUAACUUUUUUCAUGCUGUCAAUAUUCCUGUUGCAUAUGACAACUCCAAUUGUAUUUUUACUUUAUUUUGAUUGAUCAAAUUCUUGAAGGUGGUGCUGUGAUGCUGACAAUAUGGUUAAAACGAGAUGUAUCAAACAAUCGUCAUCACUAUAUAUGUAUCCAACAAUUGUUAUCACUAUAUAUUCCCUAUUUUGUAGCCAGCCCUAAGACAAACGAGUCUUUGAAAUAUCCUUCACUAUUUAGUACAUCAUUAUUUUAUCAUAGCAGGUGUUUAAUAUUUUUAAGGCUUUGUAGAGUGAUUGUAUGUCGAUAUAUGUGUAAAUUAACUAUAUAAUAUGGAUAGUUGUUUACUUGAAUAUGUCUUCUUUAAUCUCAAUUCAGAAAGAUAUUUGUUUUCAGGGCCGAAAUGCUACUCCAAUGCCUUGGUUAGUGAAAUCAAGGAACAUAGUUCGUGAUAAUUACAGUAUGUGUGAACUAACUCAAACGGAUUUAGAAAAUAUGUUAUUUUCUUUAUUUUUUUCUUUAGGUUUUGAGAUAUGAUGGUUCACUUUCUGUAAAGGCAACAUUUGUGGUGAAAAGGAAAUAAAUGGACUGGUAGAUUUGUCUUUGGUGAAUAACAUUUUGAAUAAAAUUUAAAAAGGAA